CUGUGGCCGCCGCUGCCCUCCCUCGGGGAACAACGGCGGGACGUGUCCGUCCGACCCGCUUAGUGCCACCGAGGGAGAGAGAGGUCACUCUUGGCUCUCUGCAGUGAGUCGAGAGCGAAACGGCAUCGCGUUAGGUACCUUUAAUCCGUUCUGUUGUGCUUAAUAAGAUAGAUAAAAAUGAUAAAUGCUAAAUAAAAUUUUAAAGGGAGGGAAUGAAACAGUCUGUUAAUAUUACAUAAGCCAAAGGAUCCGCAAACGUACUGUGAAGAGUGAAGCGUACAGGGAACAACCUCUAAAGUCUCUAAGAAUUUGAGUUAGUAUGUUGCAGCAUAUCUGUACUGACAUACAAUACUGCAUCUGAUCUUAUUUGUCUGUUAAACCUUUGCUAGCCAAGUUCCUCCCCUUUUGGUUAUUCAGGUUUUGAACAAAGAAGCAUAGGUAAUCAGGAAUUCUUCUUUAUCCCUUUAUUGAAAUGAUUGCAGAGACACAGAUUUUAUCCCCCCUUGAAGCUGUGGCCUUUCUUAUGCUCUAGAAGCCUUUUCAGCACAGUGUGCUGUUCCCAUUAGGUUCUCCAGCAGGCUGCAGGCAUCCUGGGUUUCCAUGGAGAGCUGCACAGCCAUCUCAAAAAUCAGCAGAAAAUGUAGAGUCCUACAUCUCAAAAAGAUCAGUUAAGAGAUUCCCAUCCCUCCAUAAAUGUUGUCUGAAAACUUUACACCUUUUGUUUAAGUCAUAAUUUUAUAUUUUUAUUGUGUGUUUAAUUUGUAGGCCUGUACCAGUGUCCCUUCCUACUAGUUCCAUUAAUGGUUAGCUAGACUUCUGAAUUGUGGUUAUACAUUCAUCUUCAGAUCAAAGGACUUUAUACUUUCAGUUACUUGCAUAUAAAGUGGACACAAAACUUACCUGAAACUUAACGCAACUUUAUUUGACUGGAAGGAACCUAUGUGGGUCGUGUCUGUUGCUUUGUUUAAAUGCUCUUGUAACUCUUUCAAGCAUCUUAAAACUACUUAGGAUUGAUUGUACAUUCCUGCUACUCUUACUGGAGAAUUUCUUCAUAACUUGAUGGUUAAAAGGUCAAAGUAAUUUUAAAAAAGGUGUUGAUAGACAUUCUAUCAUUUUGGUCUUGUGCUCUCAUUGUCGCUUGGCUUUACUUUUUUUCUUUUUUUCUCUGAGCUAUUUAGAGACAACAAUUGUUUCUUCACUUACACCACUUCUGGUAGUCAGCAAGCCAGUCUCUUUUACUUUGAAUGUCGAGUAAAAGCAUUGCAAAAACUUAGAAAACCUAUUUCUUUUGGCAUGUUAUAGAGGAGAACAAUGCAAUUUUGAAAAUUAGUCUUGCCUCUGAUACCUGGUCAAGAUGGGAACUUAUUUUGCUAGAACUGUUUCUAGUAUAAAUUAUCCGCCUUUUCUUGUCAACAAGUAACAGCAGACCUGUUUUCUGAGCCAGUGUUCUUCAGGUCCCAAUGAGCAAUAUGAUCUGAAGAGCAGCUUGGCUCCCUGCUAGUUGGGAAGGAGAAGUUCUAUUAAGAAAUACGUGUUUUUUUCUAAAAAUAAAUGCUAUCUGUCCAUAGUUUUAACUAUUGAACAUUUAGGGAGUUUUUCUUGUUUUACACAAUUUAUCUGCCACCUUCUGUUUUGGUUAAGACAGGAUAAUUUUUAGUUUCUCCUAAUUUUCCGCUUUUUAAAUUUAAUAGCAGAGAUAUUUGUACUUUUUUCUUUUUGUCAUUCAGUUUUUUGUAGCAGUUGUGCAGUUGGUUUCCCUUUCCACAACUUAGUUGUUCCUGCCAAGAUCUGGUAACUGUGGUCUUGGUUUUAGGAGUUUUUAAGGUUAACGUCUUAACGAAAUUGUUUAUAUUUAAGGAAUAAGUAUUGAUCUCACGACUUCCUGAAAGAUCAGCCUGUUAUUGCUGUUACUAUUUGUGUGAAUGAAAGAACAGAGAGAUACCAGGUGAAGAAAAAAACCCCUUAACUGUUACUUACCCAUUUAAUAGCAAGUCAACUAUGUAAAUGAUCAUAUAAAAAAAUAAAGUAUUAAUUUUUGGAAGACCACAAUAUUAGGAAUAUAAAAUACAGGAAAAAGGUGGAUAAACUGGUGAGAGAUGGUCUGAAACAAAUAUAAUAUUGAUCAGAUGAGUAACAUCAAGCUGCCUCUUCAGACUCAAAUUUGGCAGUGUUUGAAGACUAUGAUUCUUGUUCAUAUAAUAAAACUUCUGUAUAUUAUAAACCUUUUACUAAUAGGAAGGAAAAACUUUGCAGCCGAAUUACAGAGAGUAUAAACUAUACAUGACCUAUAAAUAAGCCUUUCUUUACUAUUUCUGUUUACUACAUUUUUUCUAACAUUGUCCUGCUAGUAUCCUUUUAAGAAUUUUGUACCUUGCGUGCAACACUUUGGAGCCAGUCCCUACCUAGUGAUUGUUGGUUUGUUAGAGGUCAGGAUAUGCUAUUGUGCCCAAUUGUAUUUGUGUGCUAAUGCGCAUAUACAGAGGAUAAAGCUGGGGGCAGUGGGGGCAAAAUGGACUGCAGUUCAGUAUUCAUCACAGAGACUGAAGAAUAUGUGUUGACUAGCUUUUGAAUAGAUUUGCACCUGCCUCCCAGAUGUCGGAAUAAAUAUGCAAAACAAUUUACAACUUGGCACCUCAAUAAAUAUUUUUUUUCCUUAAAUCUCCAUAGAUAAUGUGCCAUAAAUAAACUGUGUUUAUUGGAAGCAAACAAUAAGAAAAAAUGUGUUCUUUUCACUACAGUAUGUGUUCAUCCUGCACUUUUACAGUUUAUACAGGUUGUAGCUGUAUGUUGUUCAGCUGUAGACUUAGAAUGAGGAGACAGUUAAUCCUGUUUAUACUUGAGAACUGAGUGCACAAGUGAUGCACCCAGCAGUGCUGCUGCCACUAAACUACCGUGGAUCAUUUCAGCUGAGUAAUACAGGUUCUGUGAGAUGCUUGGAAAGAAGACAGGAUGAUCUUUGUUUUCAGUUUAUGAAUGGCAGUAUUUAAAAACUUAGUUCUGAUGAAAAAAAAUAAAAAGAGAGUCCUAAUACCGUGAUGUAUCAAAUAUGUGAAAAAUUAUCAGGUAUUCUGACUUUGCUCUUCUUUUAAGCCAAAGAGAGGAUGUUAUUCUGUUAUAGUCUUCUGUCUGAAAUCUUCAUCUUGUUGCAUUUAGAGUUAGUUUUCAGUUUCCUGAUUAGUUUCAUGCACUUCAUGCUCUUGUAUUUCUUAUUUUGUCAGAGUGUGGGAUUGCCUUGCUUCAGGAUUUAAAUAGAUGGCUUAUAUAAACUGCUUGCAGGAAUAUCCUUAUAAUAAAAAUGUUUGUGGUUACUUGUGUUAGCUACUCCCAGUUCUUUAACUUGCACACUAGACAGUAAUUACAUACAUUAAGUAGCAAACUGAUUUUUGAGCAAAAUACUGCUUCUCUUAGAAAAAGGAUGUUCCAUUCUGGAAUGAUACUCUGUGAUAGAGGCACUGAGAGGUCCACCUUUGCAUCAUUGAAUGCUUAUGUUUCAUAUGCUCAGAUAUGAGUCUAAUAUGUGCCUUUGUUGCUACUUUGUGUUACUCAGUGGAAGUAUGUGUGCUAGCUCUUUGUUUUUAUCUGCAGUACGUUCUAAGACUGUCACUAUAUGACCUGUAUCAUUGCAAGAUGCCUUAAAUAUUUCUAUUUAUAAACCUAUACCUUUACUAUGACUAAUAGGGCACAUUUUCAUUUACAAAAGUCAACAGAGUUGGCCUGGAAGUAUGUCAGUACCCUGAAUAUACUAGCAAUGAGGAUAUAUGGUUUUUGUCACUUAUGGAUUGCAUCAUUCUCAUAAGUUUCUGACUUCUCUUUCUGCUCUUAAUAAUUUUUUCCAUUUUAAGGUACGUAUUUACAUUUCAAUCUGAUAGCUGGGUAAAAAUAGGUUGUGUAGUGUGAGUAGAGAUACCAGAUUCUGACCAGAAAUUUGAAUGUUCCUUAACUGAAAGUUUUAAUUUUUUUUUUUUUUUGGUAUGAUAUAUGUUUCUUGUUACAUUGUGUAUAUGCAGUUUUUAUCUACUGCUUGGGUGUUUCAUAUGAAAGGAAGACAAAAUAACUCGUAAGAAUGCAGGCGAUCUUCUUUCUGACUCAGAGAAGGAAGAUGCUCUUCGAUUCAGUUAUCAUGGUUGUUUGGAAUAGUUUUUUUAUGAUUUGGCAGAAAGAACUUUGUGUCAUUAAGACUGCUUGUGUUUUAAUGUUGGUAGUGGGUGAGUAACACUGAAAAUAAUGCUAGGCAAUGCGUACUUGUUUUUUGCACAACCCUUAAACAACAGAAAGGGAAAAUGAACAAGAAGGAUAUAUAGCAUUUAAAAGACUUGCCAUGUCGCAGCCCUUCAGCGUGACUUAAAGCCCCAAACACUCUAUCACGCUAGCUAUUCCAUAAACAGAAAGGAACAAACCUUCUCCUAAUCCAGAGAGUAUGUGGAGAUUAUAUACAGGUAAUGCUGGAGGGCAUGUAGAAAUGCUUCUAGACUUUGGGUUGCGUUUAACAGAAUGUUCUAUUAGCCAGGGCUUCCAAUCUGCUGUGGAUAUGAGUGGAGGGAGCAUUGAGAAAUUAGCCUGCGUGAAAGGGCACAGAGGGAACAAACCUUCUCUUACUGCAGUUAGAACUCGCCAUGCAACAACGUCAGUUGGGUUUAGGAAACCAAAGAAGUUUAAAAAAAAAAAACUAGAACCAACCAACCUUUUUAGAAAUAAGAUGAUAAAUUCAAUAUCUCCACUGUUCCUAUGUCUGUCAUAAUGCAGGGUCUGUAUUAGUAAGUAGAUAAGAAAUGUUGGACUCUGCUCUGGAGCAGUGUUCUUCUAGUGUUGAAUUCAAGUCCGUGCUUUCAUUUUCAGCUGUGGAUGUGGUAAGAUCCUCACAUCAUUGUGAGCAAAAUUUGUGUCAGAAAUGGUUGCAACCUCUUUGUUUGGUGUGUUUGUUUUGUUUUGUUUUGUUUUUUUGUGGUUUUUGUUUUGUUUGUUUAAAUCUCAAGAUUUAGAAAGAUCUCAUUGCUAGAGGAUUUUUGGGCCCAUUUAAAAAAUAUGAAUAGAAUUUAAUAAACUAGCAUGAUUAAUAAUUGUGUAUUGAAUUUUGUAAAGCAGUUGUUGGGUUUAAUGCAAUAUUUUCAUUACUUCAUUUCAUAUUGAUAUUUUCAAUACAAUUACUUUACAGUCCUACCUUGGGCUGGUCUGGGCAUACUUCUGCUCCUUUGUCACUAGGGGGUUUCUCCUCUUGCAUUUAUAUUGAUAACUGCACCAGUAAAUUAAAAUACUUGGACAAAAAGCAUUUUCUUCCAUUUGGGUAAAUACAGUGCUAGAAAAAUAUUUGGGAGAUAAUUUGAAGAAUAAUAUCAGUUAGAUCACUGAGGAGUUCAUGACAGAUAAUGAUAGUAUUUGUGUAAUUUUUCAUUUAGCAGUUAUUUUAAUUUUUUGAGGAGGGUGUCAUGAGUGUCAUUUCACCUGUUAUUAGUAUUUUUCUGCUCUUUUAUAACCUCUGUGCUUCUGUUGACUAUCUAGAAAGACUGCUGGUUAUACUGAAUUAAUUAAGUCUUGGGAUUGACUGGCUAAGAAGAGAGAAAUAAUUUAAUAGAUAGUGGAGUUGAGUUUCUAUAUGUCACUAAUAAUUCUGUUAUUUUGAUAUAUAAAAGGUAGUUAUGCAUCAGUCAGUUCUGAUAAUAAAAUGGUUGUCUAGCCUUAUGCUGUUGGUUACAAUUUUUUUAUUCUCUUUCCAGCAAGGAGCUGAUGAUUUCAUAUCUAAAAGAUAGCUCUGUCUGCAUGGUUUGGGUAAAGGGAGGAAACUACGUGUUCCUUCCUCUAUUAGUAUGCUAUAAGUGAGAUUCCAGGACUGUGGAGCAGUGGGUUGGUAAGAUUCCUAUUUUGUUGAAAGAACGUCAUAUGUGGAUGUAAGAUAGUACAAUACCCCCCCUUCCACCCAUUUUAGAAUUGUCUGCAAUAUUCAGUUGUGUGUCUUAGUUUCGUAUGGGCCCACAUUUAUAAGUGAGCGUGGCAAAUAUAGUCAGGGUGGAGGAGGAAGCAUCUGAAUUAAGAACAUUAAAUAGUGGUAUUAAUUUAUUUGCAGCUUGCUGAUAAGCGUGAUAGCAGAGGAUGUGUUAGGCUGGGUCUAUCCUGUGAUCCGUGCUGAUUACAAGCUCUGCAGAAUCUGCUUUAUCAGACUCACACCUAGGAGGAGCCUCUGAGGAAGUUGUUUACAAACCUCAGCUUUCCUGGUCUGUCCUUCAGGUGCAACCCGGUGGUGUCUGGACUUGGAUUGUGUGCUGCUUGGGUUGUGUGCUGCUGAGCUGGUCCUUUAAAAUAAGCCCAUGGUUUACUCUGAAAGUGUCUGCUCUAUAUAUAAAUCCACGUAGAGAAAAAGACAGUAUUUCAGAGCAGGUAUUGCUCCAGGUCACCACUGACCCUGAGUGGAGAUUCAAAUCCAGUUCCUCAGUGAAGGUGGUUUCCAUGCGCUGUCAGCUUAUCCAAGGUGAUGCAGAGAGGAGUUUAAAAUUAAGCUUCCAAGGGUAACCACACUGGUCUUAGUCUGGUGUUUCUUGUGUCUGCAUGAUUGCUCUCAUGACUAGUCACUUGUAUUGUGUUGUGCUCAAGGUUUGAAAAAAAUAGCUUUUUCCCAGCAUGGCACAGAGUUAUUGUAAGGUUAGUUCGCAGGGGAAUAUUUAUUACUACAGAAAUGCUAAUGAUGAUGCCAAUUACUAUGUAAAUGUAAUAUUAAACUUGGUAUAGAAUUGUAAGGAUUUUUUUCUUGGCUUAUUUUAGGCUUAUUUGUUAAUUCAGGUGAAUCUCAAAAAUAUCCUUGGACAACAUUAAAGACUAAAAUUAUGGUUUGUCUAGUUUUGAGUGUUCCUCGUUGUACUAUUUGUGUUUGUAUAUUAUUUUAUAUUUUGAAGGUCUGGAGCCAGACUAGUCUCUAUAUUUCAGUAACAGAAUUGUCAGUAUAUUUUUGACGUUGUUGAGUCUGUCUCCUGCUCCAUAGGGUAUACAGAGCUCUGCUUUGUUUUUAGAUAAUCCAGUUCAAGCUUUUUUUUAAAAAAAAAUAUUUUUUCAUCCCCCCCUGCUAUAGUUUCUUCCUGAAAUUCAAACUGAGUUCACCAUUGGGAAAUUUGCUUUAAUCUUGAAACAACACAUCUCUGUAGGUGGUUUUUCUAAGGAAAUACAAUUUAUGCAAUUCAUCUGCCUCUAUCUGUAUUUUCCUCUAGUAGCUUUUGAAUCUCUCAUUAAGUAAUGACUUCAUUUGGCAGAUGCUCCUUUCCUAUAGCUUUGUGAAAAAUAGCAGAUGGGUAGAGAAGGUGUUACUUGAUUGUCUCCUUCAGGGAAAGGCAGAAGGAACUGAGCCAUUAGAUGUUCUGUUUGUCAGCCCCCAAGUGACCAGUCAGCGUAUCUCAGCCAUGCAGCUGUAGUCAAGGCAAGUGAUACUCUUGGUGGUCUGGCAGAUUCCAAGAAGAAAGGUGUGGGUUGAGGGAAAGAGCCAUGGAAGCUGCAGAAAUUCACUGGUUUAAGGAGAUGCAGGGGGAGAAAAGCAAUCUGCCUCUCCAACUAUAUUCUGGUUAUUGGUUCCAUAUACUGCUAAGAAAUAGUUUUCUGUUGCUCGCCACUUCAUUUUCACUAGUCUGGAAAUGUCAUAUUUUAUAAAAAGUUAAAAUUAAGGGGUCUAUCAUAGAUGAUCAGUGUAACUAAGACCUGCAAACUGAUUGAAAUGAUUGUCUACCAUUGUAAUAAUAUUCACAGUGUGUGCUCAAAUCUUUUCUGAAAUUGAAAAUGCCAUAAAACAUGAAAUGCUUGUCUAGAAGUUGUAUUAACUGAGGCAAUUAGCCUGCAUAACAGACUUCUGAGAAAGAAAUUACAGCUACUGUUUUAUUGCUGUCAGGGACUUGAAAUAUACAGAUCAGAACUGAAGAUAGGGGAGUCUUGGUCUCUUCCAUAAUUGUUCUGGAGGGCGAUCCUCAUUCAAGUCUUAGUAUAUAUAUCACUGAUUCAGUUCAGUGCUGUUCAUGGAAGGUUGAGAUGUACUUUAUUUUGAAUAUCAGCCAUUAGGCUUCGAUUCUCUUGCUGAGAACAAUUAUAAUAAUUUUAUGAAAAACACUGUGUAAGUGCACUGUGAUGGGAUUUCACUUUUUAAAGCAUUGCUAUGUGGGAUUCCUUUCAGUAUGUAAUAUUAGUACUUUACCAUGAUUUUUUAAAAUAUCAUUGUAAAAUUUGUAAAAUUAACUUAAUAGAUUUUAUGCAAUUUCACAGAAUGAAGAUAAAAGUACUUUCAUAGAAUUUAGUAAGGAAUUCAGUCGUAAAACCUCAUGCUAUGCAAACCCUAGGCAUAUAUCUAUAUAUCUAUAUCUAUCCAAUCUAUAUUGUUUCUAUAGAAAUCUGUGAUUUAAUAGAAAAUAAUGAAGAGUGACUUUUUGACAGUGAUAAGUACAUUUUUUUAGAUAAAGCAUUGAAUUGAGGCAAAGUUAGCUUUUUAUGGAUGGUUUAAUUGAACAUCUUUAAGCUGUUUAUAGAUGGGGUGGGUGAGCCCUAAUCACUCGCGGGUGGUGGUCAUUUUGGUAUAGUACCGCUGUGUAAUUAGUAACACCUGUUUAGUAAAUUUUCUACUUCUAAAGGAGGGCCAGUCUUUUUUCUGUGUGCUUUUUUUUCCAGUACUUUGAAAUUACAGAAAAGCUCGGACUUCCUGCAUUUGAUGGCUGGAAUAGGAAAGUUGUGAAUUUUAAAGUUGCAUAUACAACUUCAUUUUUCUGUUUAUGCUUUCCUGAAAGGCAGCUCUUUAACAUGCAUAUAGAUUUUUGCAUUGUUUAAAGGUGUGAAAAGAAUACAUUGAAAGCAGCUACUUUGCAUUUAUACAGAUUUUUUUUGUGUGUCUAGUAAACACCAAGUGCUUCUUUCCUGCUACAUGAAGUUUUAAUGAAAAUGCAAGUUUAGGAGAAAGUGCGUUUCACUGUUAGAUAUGCCAAUAGAGUAGAACUUCUUCCGAUUUCUGUUAAUUCCCUAGGCUUUUCUGCUGAGGUACUGUGCCCUCUGAGUCCAGGAAAGGCUUGGUCACACAGAGAUAUUCUGAAUAGUUAAGGUGCAUCAGCUGAAGGAGCAGGGUUUAAUUUACUAGAGCAUGGUCCUCCCAAGGCCAGUUUACGCUUGAGAGAUACUGUUUGUGGAAGGGAGGGUUCACCGAUUUCCACAUCCUGAAUUUUGAGUUCACCACUCUAAUUAAUGUGCUUUAAAUUUGCUUACUGAUUCCAUGUUGGCAUGGCUGAAGGUCUAACUUGACAUUGUAAUGAGUUAUGGGUGAAGGAAGCGAGGUGUGAAGACCAGACCCGGUAAUUUGUGUUGGACUUGUGUUGGCCAACUUGGGUGUGUCCAUAGCACCCUCCCAAGAUCAGGGAUGUGCCGUACAGCUAGUAAGGAGGGAAGAAUGCAGGAAUCGUGAUUUGAGAUGGUGACAUUGGUCAGAGGAUGAGGUUAAGUGUGAGCACAGAAGCGUAGCUCAGAUGAGAUGAAAUUAUAAACAGACGAUGAGAAAGGUACUGCUAAAAAUAACUGCUGUUUAAAUAAAGGCAGUUAUUGUGAUAUACUUUUGAAUAUAACUCUGCUUUUAAAAUUAUAUUUAGCUUUUUAUUUUUUAAAAAAAGCUUCUUAAAUAAUUCAGCUAAUACACAAGGAAAUUACCACAAUGAUUACUUAUUUCACGAUCCGUAGCAGUUGCCAAAGUAUACACUUUUUAGUUUGUGGCAUGUGGUAGUUUUCAUGAGCGUAUCCAGUUAUGGCAGAGAACUUUCAGUUCCCUGGUGUUUGCUGAGCACCGGGAGUGCCCAUGGGUGAGUGCUGUAGGCUGGGUGGCUUGCUGCUGUCUGCUUGUGGGAGUUAUCUGAUUUGAGGGUCAGGCAAACUUCUGGAGAGUAAAUACUGGUAACAUGGCCUUCCCAGUAUGUGGGUUGCAAUGGUAUUGUAAACUGCAUGUGUCACGGUUGGUAAUUGCAAAAAUAUACCCACACCCGCUUGUUGAUGCUAAAUAAUUCUAAUGAAGAGCAUGGAAGGGCGGGAGAGUUGUUUGGCUGGAAGAAUGUGGACGGUCCAUUUGAGGGGUGCUGUCAAGGCAGAGUAUGAUAGGAAGCAUCAGUCUUCAUAGCUGCCACUUGGUAAAACUAAGGAGUGGAAAAGGCAUGGCCUACAUUGACAAUUAAAACUAGAGAGGGUUGCAUUUUCUUCUGGCUGCAGCUUUAAACCUGAGUUCUGCUCUUUUGACAUCUCUGCAGGCUCUUGAUGAAAUAUGCAUUUGUGAAUUACACAACUAUAUAUUUACUUGCAAAGGAAGGUAAUAUUAGUACUGAGCAAUAAAUAUGUCAACUCCUCUACUAAAAAUAUACUUAAAGUGGGUUAACUUUUGAAUACAGUUUCUUUUCUGUUAAUCUUCUCCCUGCCAGCCUAAACAUGUCUGAUGUCUAAGUGCUGGCUGCAGCAAUCCCUUUGAAGCAGAGUUUGGAGCCCAUAUAUCAAUGCUGCAGCAUUUGGGAACAUGAAGCUAGUGUUAAAAAAAUAAAAAAAAUAAAAUCAAAAGCCCUAUACCUCCCUGCUUUUCUUUUGGGAGUGGGGAGGGGAAAGGGGAAUAGAGUUUAAGCCUCUGCUGGCUUCUGUGCUCGUUGUGUUCUGGGUGGGAUGAUAUCCAGAAUGGAUGCUCUCCAGGUGGGAUUGUGUCAGCCAGUUCUGACAGCUGUGGGAUUCCAGCAGUCUCUGGGGUUUCAGCAGUGCUGUUUAGGUGUAAAGCAGUUUGUGAUCUGUUUUAUGUUAUGCCUUUAAUUUUGUAGCUUUCAUCUCCUAAGCUUUUUACUUGGAUCUUCAUAAGGCCAAAGAAUAUUAACAAAGAAACGCAGCUGAGUGGAGCUUAAAGGGCCACAGAUGAAAGAACUUGAACACGUUUCUGAAGGUUUCAGAGGUGUCUGAAAGUGACCUCCUUACCUUAGAAAUAAAGAAGAGUUUUUCAACAGGAUCUUAGGAUAUCUUUCCUCCAACUUAUUAAUAUACUAACUGGAAUGGUGUUCUGACAACAAUUCUCCAUAGUAAAGUACUUACCCUACUACAGAACAGUCUUAUUUUCUCUACUGAUAAUGCAACUCAAUGGAGGACAGUAAUGUUUUGAUAAGCAUGCGUGAAGAUCGUUCCUUUCACGUGCGAUACAGUUUGCCAUCAGCCUUAGUUUGACUAAACAGAGCGUUCCAGCGGAGGGAGGUGUAGUCUGUUGUUGGGAGUGCUCAGUGUGCUCUGCUUCUGCGUUACCUCUAGAAACCAAGCACAAGGGCAGGAGGCAGGAAUGGAUGGAGGCUUCCUGCCUAGAGCUGGCGUUGGAGGGUGAGCGCCUCUGUAAAGCAGGAGAUUGCCGAGCUGGUGUGUCUUUCUUUGAAGCAGCUGUUCAGGUUGGAACUGAAGAUUUAAAAACACUCAGUGCUAUUUACAGCCAGUUAGGCAAUGCCUAUUUCUACUUGCAUGAGUAUGCAAAGGCCUUGGAAUACCAUCACCAUGAUUUGACUCUGGCAAGGACAAUUGGAGAUCUGCUGGGAGAAGCGAAAGCUAGUGGGAAUCUGGGAAACACCUUAAAGGUACUUGGGAAUUUUGAAGAAGCUAUUGUUUGUUGUCAGAGACAUCUGGAUAUUUCUAGAGAGCUUAAUGAUAAGGUUGGAGAAGCAAGAGCACUGUAUAACCUGGGAAAUGUGUAUCACUCUAAAGGGAAAAAUGUGGCUAGUGUGGGGACUCAUGAUCCAGGGGAACUUCCAGAUGAUGUGAAAAAUGCUUUGCAAAAAGCUGCAAAUUAUUAUGAGGAAAACCUGUCAAUAGUAACAGAGCUGGGGGACAGAGCAGCACAAGGACGUGCCUUUGGAAACCUGGGAAACACACACUACCUUCUGGGCAACUUCAGGAGUGCGGUUUUAGCCCAUGAACAGCGUCUCCUAAUUGCAAAAGAAUUUGGUGAUAGAUCAGCGGAAAGAAGAGCAUACAGCAAUCUUGGAAAUGCCUACAUAUUCCUGGGUGAAUUUGAGACCGCUUCCGAAUACUACAAGAGGACGUUACAGUUGGCUCGACAGCUUAAAGACCGAGCCGUGGAAGCACAGGCCUGCUACAGCCUUGGGAACACUUACACUUUGCUUCAGGACUAUGAAAAAGCAAUUGAUUAUCAUUUGAAACACCUUGUGAUUGCUCAGGAAUUAAAUGAUAAAAUUGGUGAAGGAAGAGCAUGCUGGAGUUUGGGGAAUGCAUAUACUGCUCUGGGAAAUCACGACCAAGCAAUGCAUUUUGCAGAAAGGCACUUGGAGAUUUCAAGAGAGGUAGGAGACAGAAGUGGGGAGCUCACUGCUAGACUUAAUCUCUCAGAUCUUCAAAUGGUUCUUGGAUUAAGCUACAGCACAAACAACUCCAUGAUGUCAGAAAGCCAUGUGGUAGAGAACAGUUUGAAUGGUACCAGACCAAGAGUAGGACGCCGCCACAGUAUGGAGAACAUGGAACUUAUGAAACUAACACCAGAAAAGGUUCAGAACUGGAACAGUGAGAUUCUUGCUAAGCAGAAACCACUGGUUGCCAAACCUUCAGCAAAACUGCAUUUUGUAAAUCGACUAAAAGGCAAAAAGUACAAAAACGGCACCACUCCCAAAGUUUUGCAGGAUGCCAGUAAUUCUAUUGAUCAUCGACUUCCAAACUCCCAGAGGAAAAACAGUCGCGAGACAGUGGCAGAUGAAGGGUUCUUUGAUCUGCUGAGUCGAUUCCAGAGUAACAGGAUGGACGAUCAGAGAUGCUACUUUCAGGAGAAGAACAGACUCUCAGCUGCUCCAGUGGCAACAUCCUCUACGCCCCCUAAAACAAUAAGAAAAUCUUUCUCCACUUCCGUGGUCUCCCCGCACACAGAUGAGUUUCUCGACCUCCUCGCCAGCUCCCAGAGCCGCCGGCUGGACGACCAGCGCGCCAGCCUGAGCCACCUGCCCGGCCUUCGGCUCAACCAGCACAACCGCCGCUCCGUCCUGGGGCACCUCAUGGCAGCCAGCAACCGGGAACUGGACGACGACUUCUUUGAUACAUUGAUCAAAUGCCAGGGUUCCAGACUGGAUGAUCAAAGAUGUGCUCCCCCAUCAGCUGCAAAAGGACCAACUGUACCCGAUGAGGAUUUUUUCAGCCUGAUUUUACGAUCCCAAGCCAAGAGAAUGGAUGAACAAAGAGUCCAUCUUCCCUCAACUAUAAAGGGACCAGAUACAAGCUGAAGAAACAGGCCUGUACUGUACAGUAGCAUCCUGGGUGUCAUUUUUGUUUGCUGGAAAAACAUACAUGCCUUUUUACAGAAGACUGCAAUAAGUAGUUUUGUCCCCUUUCUAAUAGUAUUUUGUAUAAAUAGCAGCAGCAUCACACUCAUGACCAGUAGUUAUGGGUUGCCAGCUGCUUUCAGCAGCGUCUGAGAUACCGAUUACCGUAUCUCCCUCUUAACUGCCUCUGGUCUAUGAACAUUAAUAGGAUUGUUCUUCCUGUCAAGGUAUUCUCAUUGCUGAUGCGUGGAUUCCACCACUGUCUCCAUCUCGUGCAAGACUUAAAUUUGUAUGUUCUUUUCAAAGAAAACUUUUUUUUUUUCUGAUUUGUACCUCCCUGGAAAAAGGUCUGGUUUUCAUUUAUACUUUUUUUAAAAAAUAAAAACAAUUUUAGAAAUA